CGCUGUGGUCCAACGUCAUCGUGACGUCAUCGCGAAGAGGAAAGUGCCGUUGGCAACACAGUCUGAGGCGGCUCGCGUCGGCAAGCGAGUAAUAUUUAAACUAUUUAAUAUCAACACUUGAGUAAACCUUGCGACGGAAAGAUUACUUUAAAAUACAUAUAGUUUACUGAAACGGUGCUAAUGUCUGCGACUAUGGACUGGAAACAGCUGCUAAAGGACCGGUUGGCUGCCUCUAAACACGUGUGGCGCUCGGAGCAGGAGAUGAAGGAUGAGGAGAACGAGCUCUUUCAGAAGUUCUACACCGACUGGAAGGGAACCAAGAGGGAGGACAAAACGCUGAAGGCCAUCCCUCGCUUCUACUACCGGCUGCCCGGUGAGGAUGAGCUGCUGCUACAGAAGCUGCGGGAGGAAUCGCGCGCCGUCUUCUUGCAGCGCAAGAGCCGCGAGCUUCUCGACAACGAGGAGUUACAGAACCUGUGGUUCCUCCUGGAUAAGCACCAGACGCCGCCCAUGAUCGGUGAGGAGCAGAUGAUCAACUACGAGAGCUUCCUGAAAGUCGGAGAGAAUGCUGGCAUGAAGUGCAAACAGUUCUUCUCAGCCAAAGUGUUCGCCAAGCUGUUGGAUCGUGACCCCUACGGCAGAAUCUCCAUCAUGCAGUUCUUCAACUAUGUGAUGCGCAAAGUCUGGCUGCACCAGACCCGGAUCGGCUUGAGCCUGUACGAUGUUGCUGGGCAGGGCUACCUCCGAGAGUCUGACCUUGAAAACUACAUCCUGGAACUGAUCCCCACACUGCCUCAGCUGGACGGACUUGAGAAAUCAUUUUACUCCUUCUACGUAUGCACUGCAGUCAGGAAAUUCUUCUUCUUCCUUGAUCCUCUGCGCACAGGUAGAAUUAAGAUCCAGGACAUUCUCGCGUGCGGGUUCUUGGACGAUCUGCUCGAGCUGAGGGAUGAAGAUCUAUCUAAAGAGAGUCAAGAUUGCAACUGGUUCUCUGCACCAUCUGCCCUCCGUGUCUAUGGGCAGUACCUCAACCUGGACAAGGACCACAAUGGGAUGCUGAGCAAGGAGGAGCUGUCACGCUAUGGCACGGGCACACUCACAGGCAUCUUCCUCGACCGCCUCUUCCAGGAGUGCCUCACCUACGACGGAGAGAUGGACUACAAGACGUACUUGGAUUUUGUCCUGGCCUUGGAAAACCGCAAGGAACCCGCCGCCCUACAAUAUUUCUUUAAGCUGCUUGAUGUUCAGAGCAAGGGCUACCUCAACGUCUUUUCCCUCAACUACUUUUUCCGGGCCAUCCAGGACCAGAUGCGGGCGCACGGGCAGGAACCCGUCUCAUUUCAAGACGUAAAGGAUGAAGUGUUCGACAUGGUGAAGCCGCAGGACCCCCUCCAUAUAACCUUGGCUGACCUCAUCUCCAGCAACCAGGGCGACACGGUGGUGAGCAUCCUCAUCGACCUCAACGGCUUCUGGACUUACGAGAACCGGGAGGUGCUGGUGACCGAUGGCAACGAGCCUGCCACCACCGACCUGGACGAUCCGUGACCUGCACUCGUUACUGGACUCAUUCACCAGACGCCCCCCCCCAUCCCCCAUACCCUCCUCCCCCCACGUUCACCAGAGCCUUCCAUCUCUAUACUCCCCCCCCCAUCCCCCCUGCUUCCCUUCCUUCCGACAGUUAUGCUGAGAUGCGGUAACACGAUGUACCCUUGCUUUGAUCAAAUUGAUCGUAGAAACAUUUGAUCAUACUAUGUUAUAUCAUGUUCACGUCUGAAGAGUGCCUAAUAUGUUGCGUUUUAAUGGUGGGAACUACUAGUGCAAGUGACAAAAUAAGCCACAACGCAAAUUAAUUGUCUCUUGUAGAAGCGUCCCUCGUCUGUGUUUUCCAGUUUGUCAAACAUGUGUUUAAAGCUUUGAUAGAGAGAAUACUCUACACUUGGUCAAGCGCAUCAUUAAUUCACUGGCGCGAUGUUACUAUGACACACAAUGUUUUUAAAUUGAUGUCACUUGAAUACGUUGGCGGCGUAUUUGACUGAGUUUCUAAGAUAUGUUUUUUUUUCUCAUUAACGAAGCUUCAAACUGGUGUUGGACAGGCCAAGAUACAUCAGAGCUACUUGUGUACUAGAUAAAAGCUAUUUUAUUUGGAGUGGCAUCCUUAUUUAAUGAGUGAACUGUGUUGCUUGUUCUCGGAUGUCUUUUUAGGUUGUAUCACGUGUUGAUUGGCUUUGUCUGAUAUUUUGCUCCACGAGCUAAGAGCUCCUUCAGGAACUCAACUGAAUUCAGUUCCUGAAGAAGCUCUCCACGGAACACAGGUUUCCCCAAAAAGACAUCGGUGAGCUAUACAGCACCACCGUGAAAACAUAUGUAUUGUAGUGCUUGAGCGUCAUGCGGCAAAUUGAUGGUUUAUUUACAGGAGAAAAAUUAUUGGGAAAUGUGUUUGGAUUACCCAUAGCAGAAAUCUAUUCACUUAUUUCACACGUUAAUAUUAAUGCUAAACAAUUUCUAUCGCGUACAAAAUUUGUGCAAGCUCAGAGAAGCGGAGCCAAGGCUCAUGAUUCCUCAUACACUAGCCUGCACAGGUGACAGCCAUGCAAGGUGAGCCAUCAUCUGUCGCUUGGAUACUGCGUAUGUACAGCGGGAGAUAUUUCCAAAUAACUGUUGUGGCUGUGCGAGUGCUGGGGACGACGAGCAGGUUAAAGCAAUUAACUGAGCUAUAUAGCUCUUUUUCAGAAGCGACUUGGCCACACAUGAUACCUCAACGGGGAGUGGCUUAUCACGUGGACAUUUAUUGCAGCCAAAUAAUCUAAACGCAUGUUAAUAAAUUUGGAGGA